UGUUAGAGGCGUUCUUUCUGUUACUGUGAUAUCUGCUGAAGAGUUGCCAGCGGUGGAUCUAUUGGGGAAGGUUGAUCCCUAUGUUGUAAUCACUUUGAAUAAAUCAGAAAUGAGAAACAAAACUCGGGUUGUGAAUGAGAGCUUGAAUCCAGUUUGGAAUCAAACUUUUGACUUUGUUGUUGAGGAUGGUUUACACGAUAUGUUAAUUCUUGAAGUCUGGGACCACGACACAUUUGGAAAGGAUUAUAUGGGGAGAUGCAUCUUGACACUAACUAGGGCUAUAUUGGAAGGGGAAUUCAAAGAGUGCUUCCAGCUAGAUGAAGCCAAAUCAGGAAAACUGAACUUGCAUCGCAACUGGAUGCCACAGCCAGUUUACCGUGAUUCUUGAGUGCUUCUUUUCAGCGGCUGAUGGGAAGACAAUUAAAUCAAAGAGAAUGUACCACCUGCUCGAUGUAUACCAAGAACACUGCUAACACCAACACUGACACCGACAUUGAUACGAUUAAUAAACCUUACAUAAUAUAUGUAAUAGUUGAAUGUACAAAUUAAUCUCGCAGCAUAAGCUAUAUGUAAACUACUUAUCAAAAAGGCUCGUUGUACACUAGUGAGGUUUUGAAGAAAACACAAGUAGAGUC